AUGGCGCGUAUGGAGCGCGAUAUAGCGCAAUUGAAAUCGGAUUAUGAGAGGGUGUUGCAGGUUAGUUGAAAUCACAUUUUUCAAAAAACAAAUAAAAUAAGAAUUUUUUUCAGAUUUUGCAUCGAGGAGGAGAAGGAGGAAAUGUGGAGGGAAGAGAAAGAGAAGAAGCGGUUGUGGCGACGACGCCAACGACACCAAGAAACGUGCAAAUCCGUGAUCCACCAGUGGAUCGUCUGGUGACGUUCGAUUCGUCGACGCCACCACAAUCGAUCUCUGGGACGCGGAUUCCGCGCGUUGGCACGCCGCAACCCCGAUCAAUUUUGGCGACUAGAAGAGGUUGAGCUUUUUUUAAAAAAUAAAACUUCGAUAAAUAUCACAUUUUCUUGCAGAAAACACACCGAUUCGUGUUCGCCCAGCUCGUCGAUGCCUAAAUCGAAGAUCUGUCGGUCCAGUGAGACGCAGUGUAAGUUUUUUAUUGAAUUUUUUUUCUGAAGUAUCUAAAAUGUAUUUUUCAGCCACGUCUCCGCAAUCAAUAA